CGAUCUCCGAUCAAGGUGCCGUUUUCUCCAUUGGGUUCGUUUCGAGGAGACGUAUCUAGCAGUGUUUUUUCCAGAUCCUUCGCCGUCGCCGGUCAACGCUGGUCAACGCCGGUCAACACUGGUCAACGGUACUGUUCCGGUCAAAGGCACUGUUCCGGUAAAAUAUUCCGGUCAACGGUACUCUCUCACUCACCUGCUAAUAUUCCUUUUUGUCAACCAUGUCUUCAACUGGUAUUAAGGAAACUUCUGACAGUGUUGAGAAUGUUAUUUCUAGCUCAGUGUUUGUGCCAAAUUUAUCUGGAAAUCCAGUUAUUACCUCUGAAAAAUUAUGUGGGUCACAAAACUACCAUUCGUGGUCCGAUGCUGUUGAAAUGUGGUUUAUGGGCCAAGGUGUUAGUGACCAUUUGGAAAAGGGGGAAGAAAAGGUUCCAGAAAAUGAGAAGGCAAUUUGGAAAAGAGUGGAUGCCCAACUUUGUAGUCUCUUGUGGCAAUCCCUUUCACCUGAGUUAAUUCAACUGUUCAGAGUUUUUAAAUCAUGUGUUGAGGCCCUGAGUUUGAGAAUACUCGAAACCAGAUUCUUGGAGAUAAUGUUGUACCAGGGAUCCAAGAAUUGUUCAAACGCCUUCUUCAAGUGACUUCCUUUCCUGGUGAGACUUCUGC